AUGGGGAGGAAAUAUGAAAAACGUGAAAAAUCUCGAGGCAAGGAAAAGCAUGAAACUUCUGAGCCAAGAACAACUCGUGAAAAUGCUCCUUCCUUAUGUGGCUGUCCUGUGCCGGAGCCGAUUGAAUGUGCAGUAGGAAUGACUGCCGAGGAUUGUGACGAGGGUGUGGUAAUGGAAUGCUCGAAUGUUCGCUGUCCUUAUGUUGAGACUAAGAUACACUUACAAUGUUUCCGGGCUUUUGAGGAUCAUCUGGUCAAGCUGAUGAGUAACAUAGGAUCGGCUCGCGGUUGGACUGAUGCACAACGAAGAUCUAACCUUUGGGAAAAAAAAGGACAAUCUUUAGUUGCUAAGGUGUGUCGAUGCCGUUGUGGUUUAGGAACAACUAGACGGGACGAUAUCAUCCUAUAUAACCAAAAAAAAACCGUUGCUCCUCCUGUCAACGUCACCCCUGCUACGAAUCCAAGAAAAAAGAAAACUAAAGAGCUUCCUAAACUCAAUUUUGGAGUUAUGAAAACAACUGGAAAUUUGGAAGAAAAAGGACGACCAAGAAAAACAAGCAGAAGACGAGAGGUUUCAUCAUCAACUGUUUCCUCGGUUAGCCAUCUUUACAAUCAUGAGUACGAGUAUAUCCGUGAUUCUGUUACUUAUCACACAGACUCGACUGCGAUAUCAGUAAUGUCCUACAAUCCAAAUGACAUCGAUGAUAAUAUGUCCGACUGUUCGCGAAAUGAAGUCUUCUAUGACUCACAGGAAUCGCCUCAAAAUGCAUCGUCAACGAAACUAUCUAAAUCAUACGCAUCAGCUAUAAAAACUAGCUCGGUAGUGUCGGAAGAACAUGUAGAAGCGAUAUCUGUGGACAGUGGAGUUGAAAUGAAGAGCUCAGCAACUACCGUCUCCGACUGCUCAGAUGACAUUCCGAAGAGUUUGUCGAUGACUGUAUCUAACUGUUCGGAAGACUCACCCAAGGAACUUCUUUCUCCUGAUAUUGUUCCUGAAACGCCAAAAAGUAGCAAGAAAUGGACUGAAAGGAAAAAAUCAGAUAAAAAUCUGAAUUCGUUCCUCGACUUCGAAAUAGGCGUGUCAACUACCUCGACACCGCUGGUGCCUAAGCAAAAUGCUAGAAUUUUUUCUGAAUUGUUGGUUCCUAAUAUAGCUUUGACAGAAGAACUAACCCAUUACUUUUCUAUAAGAGAAGACUUGGACAUUUCUGAAAUCCCUGAAUGGGAUCUCUUCACCGGGUCAAACUUCGGUAUAGGAGAAACAAUCAUAGGACUAACAGCUUUACCAGGAUUUUAUAACUCUUUCCAAGAGAACAUUCAAGUUGUGUAG